AUGUCCAGCGACAAGGGAUACAUCGAGUCUGCCAUCGACAAGACCAAGGAGUUGGCUUCGGACGCCAGCGACAAGAUUGCCGACGCCUACCACAGCGUCGUCGGCGAGCCGCGAGCUGAGGACAAGGCCCGCGACAACGUCAAGGAAGGCAUCGACAAGGCCGCCGACAAGGUAACCUUUCACCCAGUUUCUUCAAAGCAUUUUCGAAUCUAUUUCAGACGGCUGAGCUCCGCGACAAGGCCGGUGACAAGCUUCGAGCUGGCGCCCGUAAGGUCGAAGGAUCCGACUAAACCAUUCCAUGACUUUUGUAUUUUAUAUUAAAUUACCUGUACAAUAUGUAUUUUCCAAUGAUUUUUAAUAAACUGUGCGCACAGGGUUCUUGGAAAUGGUCGUAAAAAAUUGAAAUCCCAGUGGAAUACCUAGUAUUCUCGUUACAUCCAGGUGCAAACUUCACAGUAGCUUGAUAGGAACAAUAUUUGUAAUAUUGCAAACCUUGGAAUUAUUUUUUAAAAAAAGCAAGAAGACAAAUAAAAUAGAGGGAACUGUCUCAUAAAGGCUAAUUCGUUGUAAAAGCCUUAUAGCUCACACGAUGAGGAAGGCUAAAAACAGAGGUCGUAUGCAUCAGGCUUGUGCGUCAGGCCGGGCGGCCCGGGCCGGCCUGGCACGGGCUUUGGACCUCAUUUUCAAGAAAAAGCUCGCGUAUGCUCGGGCCGUGCUGGGCUUUGGGAAAAAAAUAUAAAAUUUCACUUAAAAAAUUUUCACCGAAAUGUUACUUUUGCUUUUGAAAUCAUAGUUUUUGUUGAACUUUGAGUGAAAAAUUGAGCAAAAACGUAAUUUUUGUCGGAAAAAAACUUGAUAUCCGACUAGAAAAAAAUUGCGCGUUUUGGGCCGGGCUGGCCAUUUUUUCUUGAGGCCUCGCUAAGGCCGCGCCAGGCCGGGCUUACGAAAUGGUCGGGGGCCGGGAGGGUGACGGGCCGGCCCUCGCACAAGCCUGGUAUGCAUGCACUAUGGGAAAAUUUUUAGUGGCCCCAAUAGGGUUUUGAUGUUCUAGUGGCCACUAUAGUAGUCAAAUUAGUGGAAACUUAAGAGGUUAAAAAUUAGCUCUAUAGAGGUCUAAGUGCUACAAUAUACUAGAACAUUAAAAAUUUUAGUGGCCACUUCAAUUUCGAAGUCAAUGGAUCAACAUAACUGGUCCACUCUGUUUGUUUCAAAAUGAUCAGAGUUACAGGAAGGGAUACUGGGCAUGCUGGAUGAAAGGAAUACUGGGCAUGCUAUAAAGUACGGGCGUUUAAAAAAUGCAACCGGUGCGACCGCCUUUAAAAUGCGACCGCUUUUUUUGUGCUCCACUGCAAAUUAAUAAAAUACGGGCGUUAUUUGAAUUGUCAUUAUUAGUAUUUUGUGCGUCCGAGAUGCGUCAGGGCUGUGAAAUUGCGUCGUCGUUCAGCCUUUUUUUUUUUACAUCUUUUAUGUUUUAAUAAUGUCUCUUUUCAUUACAAGUUUUUUGAUUAUCAACUUCUAUAGGCUAUACCUGUUCCAUUCUUACAUGGUUCAAUGGGUUUCGAACGUCCUCCAAAAAUAAUAGUUCUCGUUUCUAUGGGGGAAUUUUCUCUGUCCGCUCUGCGUCCUUUUCAGCUCCUAUUCUUCUGUCAAUAUUUCUCAAACAGGCUGGUCAUAUUCUCAAACGUAUACUUUUCUUCUGUUGAGCGUAAAUAGUUUUUCGCCCUUUUCCGAGCCUGAUUUCAGUUUUUGCUCGUAUUUCUGAUAAUAUUAUAUUUUUAGUAGAAUGGAAAUGAAUUCGAAAACGUUCCACACGAGCUUGGGCAACAUAACCUGGACAGUUGGUGAACACUGCAAGAAAGGAUUGAUCGUGCCUCUUUUGUCUAUUUCUUUUCAGAGUGCCUUAUUAUACUUCAUUGGUUUAGUUUACGGUUUUUUAGGUAUGUUUUAUUUUUCGCGUUUGAAGUGUAUCAUCCAGCUAUUGCUUGGACUCUUCGAAUUAAAAAAAAAAUAAAUAAAAGCCUUUUCCCUUUAUUAACUCAAAAAUAGUAUUCAGGAAUUACUCUUGCUGUGGACGUUUUCAUGAGAUCUAUCGAGAGAAUAACCAGGGCAACCAUGUGAGAAACAUUUAAUGACUGAACUGUACGCAAAUUCAGAAGAGGCAAUAAAAGGAGCCGAAAUGGUGACUUGUUAGAAACGGAAGAACAGCAACGGUAUGAGAGGGUUCGUGUUUGGAACCCCGCAGUGGCGAACUUGACAGUUAUGGUCAGUUGCAUUUUCUUCAAGAUUCAACACUUGCUAUACUUCACUUUCAGGCAGUCGGGAGCUCAGCUCCAGAAAUAAUGCUAAAUAUUGCGGAAACAUUUGAAAGAGGUUUCCAUCAAGGCGAGCUGGGGCCAGCAACAAUUGUUGGCUAGUUUUUUUUUUGUUUCUUUCGUAUCAAAAACAUUUUCUGUUUAAAUUAUUUCGAAGUUGGCCUUGAAGCUGUGCAGAAUAUUCAUUCAGUACGGCAAAAAAAAUAUUUUGUUCAGUUUGUCAAUUUUUCCAAAAUCAAAAAUAUUCCAAUCAAUUUUGUCUUUUGAAGCCCAAGGAGUUUUCUUAUAGAAUUUUACGCAAAAAAACUUCUCCCUUGAAGAAGCUGAAGGAAGAGUCGAAAACGAUCUUUCAGGAACCGCCGCUUUCAAUCUGUUCUGCGUGACCGCCAUUUGUGUCCUUGUCGCUCCAUCUCCAGAAGCCAAGAAAAUUGUCAUUUAUCGAGUUUUCAUAGCAACAGCCGUUUUCAGUACCUUUGCCUAUGUUUGGCUGUUCAUUGUAGGCUUAUGAAAAAAAAAAAACGAAAAAAAUUCAGUUUAGUUUAUAUUUCAAGGUUCUCAACGUUUUUUCUCCAGAGGUAGUAGAGAUUUGGGAGGCGUAUGCAACUGUCUUUUACUUCUUUUUCUUGCUUCUCAUCGCAUACACUGUAGACGUCCAGGUUCUCCUUUUCCAGAAGUAAUUUUGUCAAAAAGAGGUUUGCAGCUGUGGAAAUGCAGAAGAUGUAAAGAUCACUUGUCUCUGACCGAUUAUGAAGCUACAACUGUUAAAGAAGCGACCCUUCGUGAUAAAAUUGAGCGGUGGGCCGACAAAAACAACGUUGAUAUUGCCAAAAAAGUGAGCAGAAACUUUUGGAUCAAGGGACAAAUUGACAGUUUUUAUUAAAGCAUCUACAUUUUUAUGUACCUCAAGUUUUCAUUUUUUUUUUAAUCGAGCUUCCUUUAGAAAUGUUUCUCAAUUUUUAGGUUAUAUCACUUUAAAUGCUGAGAUUCUCACUAAUUUUCAACUAAUUGAGGGAAAUCAGUUCUUCAUUUUAACCAAAACACUCAAUAUAAUACAUAUACCGUUGUGUUCAAUAAGCGAUUGACUUACAAAAAAACGAAAAAUUUUUCACUCAAAUAGAGAAUAAUUCUUUUUUUCGCAAAGAAUUCCAUAAUGCCUGACGGCUGCUCCCCGGGAGCCUUCCGGCGAGCUUGCGCGCCUGUUUUUUUUAAGCGGAUGCUCUCGUGAACACUCUGCGCUGUGAAAUUCUUAUCGUGUCUUCAGAAAAUCUUCCAUAAAUUGAAUAAUAUAUAAUCGCUGUGAAUUUUCAUCGCAAACUUCCAAAAAAGCUUUUGGAGUCCGUACUUCUUACUUGUGACUCAAACUUAACGAGAUGAAAAUAUAUAACUUCUGAUUUCUCGGAGCUUCAGGAGCUCUACGAUUCAGUGGAAGAAAUGCCGGUGAAGCCAAUCAACGGCCUGGCCAAGCAUAUCAACAACGCCUACCCGAACCUUUCCGUCGACGAUCAAGCAAAAGUUUUGGCUUAUCAUCUGCACAAAGGCGUGGUGAGCCACUGCGAAGCUUCAGAGGGAGCUUUAGGACUUUUUCAGACCAAAGACAGAAUGUACUAUCGAAGGAAGGCGGUGGGCAGAAUUUCCUCGGCGGUCAACAAGCGGGAAGAGGAGCGCGAAGCCGAGAAGAUCAUCAAAAAACACGAGAAAAAUGCUCAUGGUAAUAUUUCGAUUAGUGUGCAAAAAUACAGAGUUUUGAAGCCAAAAUCGUUUCGAAACGUAAUAAAAGGGCAGCAGAAAGGCGUCAAAGCGCUACUUGAAAUAGAACUUUUUUUUGGAAAUGGAUGUGAGGUCUAAAAAAUCAAUUUCUUCUCUUACAUAGUAGUUUCCUGACUACGUUGUACAGGAUAGCAACUGAAGGUUACAACUCUCGUUUAAUAUUUUAUUAGUUUAUUUUCUGUUCUAUCUGGUUUUGAAAUUUUCAGAGUAAUGGAAGAAUUAAUUGAUGAAAAAAUAGCGAAUAAAUUUAAAAAAAAAGGUAAGAUGGCUAUAUUUUCGAUCAGUCCGAUUCAAUCAAGCUUCAUCUCGAUAGCAGAUGGCCUGAGCAAGCCGAGAGUACUUAUGACGAUUUUUUUUUCGUUCUUUGAACUCAUUGAUUGGCAAAAAGAUAACCACAAACUUUAAAAAAAAAUGUAGUGAAAAAAUAGUUUUAAUCAGAAAUGAUGAAACACAAACAAAAAGGACAAUUUUCGCCCAACUACUUCGACGUAGUGUCACACGCCAUCGCCAUAAUGAAGCGGCUUAUUUCAUCGCAGAGGCCUGAUGGAUAAGUUAGGCAUGUUGUGCCCGGGGAUAUCUUCAUUUAUUCCACCUCCCCUCCGAAGGAUCAUUUUGAACACGCGAGAAAUUUUACUUGGUGGUCGUAGUCUCAUCGAAAAAAUUUUCAAAACCACCCUUAUCGAUUAUACGAAUUAUCUUGUAGGCAAAUCUCAUUUCGAAUUUUCCGCUCGUGUCUACGUUAUAUUGCCACAAAGUCGUCAAGUGAAGCUGAAGGUCUCCGAUUUUUCCUCUUCAACCUUUUUGAGCCGAGUAUUGCAGAUUCUUCGGAUAGGGGAUGUCGAUAAAUCGGUGACUGUUGGUUUCACGACAGUCAACGGCUCGGUAAAAAAAGACCUCAACUUUCUUUUCAAGUCACAAGUUAUUCAGUUCAGCUCAGGAGAUUUGGAAAAGAUGGUUAGAACCAUUAAAAAAAAAAGAUAAAAAGCGGAAGGUUCAGAUAUCGAUAGAUCUAGUGGAAAAAUGCUGCUUGGCGCCAAGGCGAUGUUUUUUUACGUUUACCUGAAACUGAAGGUUCGUUUCUAGUUUUUUUGAGUUUUAACCAUUACUUCAUACAUUUGGGGGUCGAACCAUAUUCCAGUUUAUUCUAGUUUUUGUUCCAAACCGAACAUUUUUUGAUGUGAAAUGUGAAAGUUAAGAAAAUUUAAGAGACGGCGGAACUGAGAAAGGCUCAAAAAGUCAUCAUUUUCAGGAUCCUGGAACGGAAGCGCACACCAAACUUGGGCCAUGCAGCGUGGCUCAAGUGAGAGUCCCAAUCGAAGGACCGCUGGUCGGCUCUCGCGGAAGCUUUGUCGAGUUCGUCGAAGCAAAUUAUGUACAAAAAAAGCCUCGUAAAUUUUUAUGUGGAUUUUUUUUAAAGGUCGUAAAAGAAAACGUCGGAUAUGCUCGGCUCUAUGUUACACGUGGCGGAACCAGGAAAGCGGGAAAUUUGCGAGUUUUCUACGAAACUGGUGACAUCACGGCGACAGAAAACGCCGACUACGAACCGUUACCUGAUGCUGUACUGGAGUUCAACUCGCAGGUGGGCUUCAAUGGAGAGGAUUUGAAUAAACCUUGUCGCAUGCGAGAGAAAUGGCUGAUAGCUGCGGUACGGGCUAUAGCUGAUUCACGGCUGGCUUGAGCCAUCGAAAAAAUGGUCCUGCCACGAUAAAAUAGUGGUAGGGCCCGGAUGGUGUAGACAGUCCUAGUGCCAAGCUAGUCAUGGAUUGGCUAUAGCUAUUCAACUAUCGUCGACCUAUAAAUUUUAACAAAAAUCGAGAAAAAACGUUUGAAAGACUUGUGUAGAUGAAAAAUAAACUUUCUUACCCCCAGGUUUGCGAUUUCAGGAGUACGAGAAAUACAUUGACGUGAGGAUAAUCGAUGAUGAUAGAGACGAAAGAGACGAACGUUUUUCGGUGGAACUUCUUCGGACCAAUGAUCCAAUUGAGUUUUUUCUCAGAAAAUAUCUUCGAGCUUGCGUCUAUUCAUAGCUUGGCCUCCAGAAAUCGAUUUAGUAUUGGCUUGUCCUCCAGGUUAUGCAUAUAACAUGUUUUUCCAAGCAUUUCAUCGAAGCCAACUAUGUCGAAGCGAAAAUACCAGUGAAUCCCUUUGGACUUUCAGGCGUCGAAGUUGGCAUCCGACGGAGUUCUUCUGUGACAAUCGUCUCUGAUGACAGCUUCGUCAGAAACGUUGCCAACAUCCACAAAUUGCUCCCGUACUACUUGAACCGAAUGAAACACGGCGAAGAGACCUGGCUCGAGCAGGUCUUCAUAUGGGGGGAGCCAGAAAGAUCAAGAUAUUUCUGAAGAUUGUCAACGCGGCGUCGGUCAACUCUGGAGACGUCGCAAACGCCUCCUUCAGUGACUGCGUCAGGCACGCUAUUGCCUUCCCUUGGAAGGUUUUUUUUGUGCUUUUGUGCUCCUAAUUACUCAGGCAACGUACGAAAGACAAAAAAAAGUAGCGAAACGGCUCCUUUAACGAGUUUUUUUUUCCUUUUUGCAACAAUUAUUGAUGACGUGUUAACAAACGAAACAUUUUUGAAAAUGCAAGAUUUUGUUUAUCGGCGUCCUUUAAUUGAUCAAUUUCUUCCUCCACAAUAUCGAAAUUAUAGAAUCUAAAAAAGUGGAGUUUAUACAAGUUGAGGUCUUCUACAUUCAAAACAAGAAGAACUCAUAUGGGUUCAACAAUUUUUUCAGUUCCUCAUUGCUCUCAUUCCGCCGCCGACUUUUCUCGGCGGUUUUCCGUCUUUCUUAAUUUCGCUGGCUUUAAUAUGCUUCCUUACGGCUGCUGUGGGUAAGCUUUCGCCAGUUUUGCAAUCACGAGAUAAGGAAAAAUGUUUAGGAGAAAUGGCUUCAAUAUUUGGCUGUAUGAUUGGCCUCAACAGUACGGUAACUGCCAUAACGCUGGUCACAGUUGGAAUGUCUUUCCCGGACGCCCUUGCAUCGAAAUAUGCUGCAAAACAUGUAAGAGUUCAUAAGUUUCGAGGAUAUACAAUUUUUUCCCAACAGUUUGCUGGGCUGUUCUGAAGUUUUGUCUGAAGUUUUUAUCAUGUAACCUUGUGGAAUUUUCUUUUACAGAAUUUUUGAGGCACGUUUAUAAAUGAAUGAACGUUAUCUUGGAGUUCUUAAUUUUUAACGAGGCAUUUCUCAAAAAAAAAAAAAAAUUCGAUGAUUAGCGCUUGGUCUAACAGGUUGGUAAAUUAAGCCUUGGUCGGAAUUGUAUUUUAUUUUCAAAUAAUGGAAAGUAUACUUGUACAAAAUUUCCCAAAGACAAGGUUUUUGGAAUUUUUUUUUUCGAUUUGAAAGAGAAAUAAAGAAACUAAAGGAACUUGUUUCUAGUUUACCAGCCUAAUAUGUAAUAUGGAAAUUUCGGACUUUCAUGUUUUAAAUUUUCCUUGUGUGUAAGAAAUCAUUUAAAUGAAAAGUGAAAAUGAUGAAUCAGGACGAGAACGCGGACGACGCGAUCGGCCACAUCACAGGCGCCAACUGUGCCAACGUAUUUUUGGGAAUCGGCAUUCCUUGGACGAUGUCGGCCUUGCACUGGGCCAAGGAGGGAAAGCCGUUUGUCGUUGCUUCUGGAGACUUGGAUUUCAGGUACAGUUUUCUUUAAAUUGAUUUUUGUGUUCAAGGGUCCAUCCAGGUAUCAUCAACGAAGCUGGAUAGGAGUCAUUUUAAAGGGUUACUGAAAAUAUAGGGGCCGCCUCAGAACUUGAAGAAACAUAACGGGAGAGAAGGAGUUGGCAUCUGAGUAAAAGGUUCACGUGCAUUUGGCAAAUUUGAAGCCUCCUUCAAAGGUUACACAGAUUGCACGAAUUUCAAAGAAGUAUGAUUUUUGACAGCCUGACCCUUUUUCGCGUCUUUUUCAUCUUGCUUUUGCUUGGAAACCGUCAAUGUUCUUACAGUAUGUCCGUGUUUCUGAUCUGCGCGUUUCUGUUCUACAUGAUCUUGGUUCUGCGGAGGAAGGGCACGACCUUUGGCUGCGGAGAGCUCGGCGGACCCGAUUGUCCCAAAAUUAUGUCUGGUCUUUACUUUUUGUUCCUCUGGAUCGCAUACGUGUUUGUCUCUAUCUGGAACAUUCAUAUGCCCUCCGGUGAACCUGGUCAAAAAAGAUUCUCCAGUCAGGAACCAUAA